AUAGCACCAAUAGUUUUCUUUUUCUGUUGAGCCCGGUGCACCUCCAGCGCUGUACGUUCAGCAACCGUCUACCGCAAUAAACUCCCCGGGCCAACCUACUGAAUCUACAUACAAUUACUGUACCUAUACCUACUCUACUGUCUCUAUCAACCUGAACUCCAAGUAACUUUUGGAACCUUUCUGGAGCUUCUUUGCUAGAACAAAGAUCAAUCGACCCCUACGAAUACGAGUAACUUUUUCGCGACAGCGUGUUUUUAUUUUACUGAUUUUGUCUCACGAAAAAACAACAAAGCUUGACGAUCAACUAGGAAUGACUUGUAUAGGAGAAACAAGUAAAAUCUGUCGUCACUGUCGCGCGUAAUCACACCCAUCUUUCUCUUUACCGAGGAUUGAAAAAAAAAAAGAGAGGCCCCGAUUUAUCUAUCGUAUAUACAUACCUAAAACCUCGUAUACGCUGUCAACUCUCUAGAACAUUUUCGCCUUUCAACUUUUUAAAAAUAGGGACAUAAGGACGGGGACCAAACACGACUCGGGCAAUCCAGCCCGGCCGAUCGAUCUCAAUCGUAUUAUCCACCCUUAUUGCCCGCCGGUCCCCAUUAACUAUCCCAAAUCCUCUCGACUGAAUACAUAAUAACAAUAUCCUUCAUUUAUUCUUCGGCGGGCAAACAUCGAUCCUUCAUGGCUUGCAGGUCGACCGGAAGAUGAACUCCCUCAAUAUAAUAUCCGCGCGCGUCUCCCCGACCUCAAGUCCUGCCCCUUCGCGAUCCAACUCCCUAAGCCAUAUCGGUUUGGCUGUCGCUCAGUCCGAUGACAACCCAACGCCUUCGGGCGAGACAUCACCGUCCAAUGAGAAAGACACAAUAACCUCCGAACCAAACGAGAGCCCAUUUGCUACAGAUGGCGACGCAACCAAUUUUCAAAGCGUGGAUGAAAAGACACCCUUAUUAGAAAAACAUGAUUUUAAGGAGACGAGCAUUCGUUCUUAUUCAUGGCAUAUUAUUCCCGGGCGCAUAGCGAACAGUUUGGUAAACUCUCUCCGAUGGGUUCUAUCUACUAUUGCCGCUCCUGGAGUGUAUUUGGUUGCUUGUUUUUAUGAUGAACAAGGCAAUUUCGCUCCGCUGCGACAAUUUAGAAGCUUAUUUGGAAGAUAUGGAGGCGACACGCGCAAACUCGCGGCCGAUUACCAGGAGAAUAUCGCGGUUACCGACGAGAAAUCUUCAAAUCGCUCCGCUCAAAAUGCGAGAGGGAAGCACGCUUUCUCGUCUUCCCGUCCGAUACUCUCGUCUGGUACUUCGUCUUCCGGUCUAUCGUCGGAGUCAGAAUCGGAAGCAAGUAUUAAACCCCAGAGUUCUCGUCGCGGUUCCGGUUCUUCCGGUCGUCAUGCACGAUCUAAGUCAGUUGAUCCCACAGAUGAUGUUGCUCCGACAAGAAGGUCGAUAAGAAUUAAGCUGAAUAACGAUGAGGCAAUGCGCCAGCGCAAACACAAGAAGGCCCAGUCCGUGAGUACUAGCAGCGGCGCGAAAGGCAGUGAGGCCUCAGCGGAUCUAUCAGCGCAGCUUAAAUCUCCUACCUCACCUGUUGGAGCCCUGACCAAAUACCCCAAAACCCCUGCUCCCCCUAGGCCAUUAAUACCGAGGCGACAACCCUCUUACCUCCCCUACGAACCUCUCGACCCGAAACAGCUGAAGACUUUGAUACUGGACUUGGAUGAAACCUUGAUACACAGUAUGUCAAAGGGAGGUCGAAUGGGCUCUGGACACAUGGUCGAAGUACGGUUAAAUACGACAUACGUCGGAAGUGGUGGUCAACAAGCCUUAGGGCCCCAACACCCCAUUCUAUACUAUGUCCACAAGCGACCGUACUGCGACGAAUUUCUUCGAAAGGUCUGUAAAUGGUUUAAUCUUGUUGUCUUCACUGCAUCUGUACAAGAAUAUGCCGAUCCCGUCAUCGACUGGCUCGAGUCUGAGAGGAAAUUCUUCUCGGGCAGAUUCUACCGACAGCACUGCACGUUCAGGCACGGCGCAUUUAUCAAGGAUCUUAGCUCCAUAGAACCUGACCUGAGCAAGGUUAUGAUUCUAGACAACAGCCCCCUAAGCUAUAUGUUCCAUCAAGACAAUGCGAUUCCCAUUCAGGGAUGGAUCAAUGACCCUACAGAUAACGACCUGCUACAUCUAGUACCUCUACUAGAAGGGCUGCAGUAUGUUUCAGAUGUCAGAGCAUUACUUGCAUUAAGGGGCGGAGAGGAUGGACAGCAUAUGAUGACGUGAAUACAAUAAAAAAGAUGAAUCAAGCCUUUUUUUGAAGACAAAACACAUAGCGGGUGUUAAUUGGUAUUGGCAGUGGGGAAGGGAAUUGAUACACCGAGGUCUAGCAUUCAAGGAACUCCAAAUCCCACCAAUACGUGCAUGCGUUAUACAAGGUCUAAGGCGUUAAUAUAAUAAGUGUACAUUUUCCAGAGCAAACAAAGCAACAACAUGAGAGGCGUCUCUGUAUAUCCUGGUUUGGUCUAUUCUGGUCCGGACCGACCCGGUUGUAAUAAUUCUGAGGCUAUCUAGUGGGAAUGUAGGCAUUUCCGGUUUUGGUGGUACCUGACCAAUUCACGGCGUCAUCAAUUCGUGAGCUUUAGAAGCUAUGAUGGCUUGAAUGGGGUCACCUCUACGAAUAAAGUGGUUUUCCGAUUACGUUCAAGCCACAGCUGGAAAAGUGGAUAUGGCCUAGGAGACGGUGCUCCGGCUAUGGGAGGGUGUAACCUCGUGGGACCCCAGAUUUCAGCGGCUUCCAAUUAGAUGACGUAUAUUUAGCACCUGGCUUACCCCGAGCUAUGGAAUACGACCACAUCCGGUAGAGUUUAUACUAGGAAGAGUUUAGCUUCAUGCAUUUACAUGCAUUGUAUAUGUACG